AUGUCAGAAGAUUGGAAAUCACAAUUAAAUAUUCCUACCAAGGAUACUAGACCUCAAACUGACGAUGUUUUAAAUACGAAAGGGAAAUCCUUUGAAGAUUUCAAUUUAAAGCGUGAAUUAUUAAUGGGAAUUUUUGAAGCUGGAUUUGAAAGACCAUCUCCAAUUCAAGAAGAAUCAAUCCCAAUGGCUGUGGCUGGUAGAGAUAUUUUAGCCAGAGCUAAGAAUGGUACAGGUAAAACUGCUUCAUUCGUUAUACCAAGUUUACAACAAAUCAAACCAAAAUUAAAUAGAAUUCAAGUAUUAAUAUUAGUUCCAACCAGAGAAUUAGCUUUACAAACCUCUCAAGUGGUUAGAACUUUAGGUAAACAUUUAGGUAUUCAAUGUAUGGUCACUACUGGAGGUACUUCAUUAAGAGAUGAUAUUGUUAGAUUAAAUGAUCCAGUUCAUGUUUUAGUUGGUACUCCUGGUAGAGUUUUAGAUUUAGCAUCAAGAAAAAUUGCUGAUUUAUCUGAAUGUCCAUUAUUUGUUAUGGAUGAAGCUGAUAAAAUGUUAUCACGAGAAUUUAAAGGAAUUAUUGAACAAAUUUUAGCAUUUUUCCCUCAAAAGAGACAAUCAUUAUUAUUUUCAGCAACUUUCCCAUUAGCGGUUAAAUCAUUUAUGGAUGAUCAUUUAAAUAAACCUUAUGAAAUCAAUUUAAUGGAUGAAUUAACUUUAAAAGGUAUAAGUCAAUAUUAUGCAUUUGUGGAAGAAAAACAAAAAUUACAUUGUUUAAAUACAUUAUUUAGUAAAUUACAAAUUAAUCAAUCGAUUAUUUUUUGUAAUUCUACUAAUAGAGUGGAAUUAUUAGCUAAGAAAAUUACUGAAUUAGGUUAUUCAUGUUAUUAUUCUCAUGCAAAGAUGCCUCAACAAGCUAGAAAUAAAGUUUUCCAUGAAUUUAGACAAGGUAAAGUUCGUAAUUUAGUUUGUUCAGAUUUAUUAACUAGAGGUAUUGAUAUUCAAGCUGUUAAUGUGGUUAUUAAUUUUGAUUUCCCAAAGACUGCUGAAACUUAUUUACAUAGAAUUGGUAGAUCGGGUAGAUUUGGUCAUUUAGGGUUAGCUAUCAAUUUAAUGAGUUGGAAUGAUAGAUAUUCAUUAUAUAAGAUUGAACAAGAAUUAGGUACUGAAAUUAAACCAAUUCCAGCUACUAUUGAUAAAUCAUUAUAUGUUGCUGAAAAUUCAGAUGCAGUUCCAAGACCAUUUAAAAUUGAAGAAUUACCAAAAGGUAAUGAAACUUUAAGUAAGAAAGGUUAUGAAUAUAAAGGUCAACCUGAAGUAUCAUCUAAUUCAACUCCAGCUCAACCUCAAAUUCCAAUUCCACAACCUCAAUAUCCACCUCAAUUUAAUGGAUAUCAAUAUCAACAAGGACAAGCUCCACCCCCACAAUUUGGAGGAUAUCCACCUCAACCACAAGUCAAUGGUCAAUAUCAACAACAACCUCCACCAUCUCAACAACAACAACAACAACCAUAUCAAUAA